CCAUUUCCGCUUUAGGUUAGUUGUUGUUCUCUUGUUGUUUUUUUAACACUACAGUAAAACAUGUUUUGGCGCUCUCAGAACUUGCGUAUACUUUUUCCCCAAGCCAAUUCUAUUGAUUUUCUUAAUGAUAACAUUGCAUAAAACCACGGACCUAUAAAAUGCCGAUGUUUAGUGUACUUCGAUUUCGGAUACAGUACACAUUCGGAUUCCAUAACAAUGGAGUGAACUUUUAACUUUAACAGGAGUUAUGACUGUAGAAGAUGAAGGACGUUUGGUUGAUCGGGAACUGAAUCGUGAUUCAAAUAUUGUUCAAGAUGAAAAGAAAUUUGAACAUGAUGUUUUUCUCAUAUACGCUGGCAAGGAUGAAGAUAUUGUGAGGAAAAUACAUAAAGGUUUGUCAGAAGAUCUCAAGCCUGGUCUGCAAUGUGCAGCACAGUUUGACCCGCGUACCUUUCCAACAGGGAGACCUGUGAUGGCAAGUAUAUCAAAACUGAUCAAUACAUCACAUCGAACAGCUCUCGUCUUAACCCAACAUGCUCUAGAAAGUCCCUGGAUCAACUUGGAAACGAUUCUUGCCAUAGAGCAAUCACAACACAGACAAGAUAAUGAUUUAACUCUGAGGCUGCUCCUGGUUAACAUUGAAGAAUCAGAAGUUAAACGUUUGAAACGAGGACAGUUUAAGACAAUACCUCAUAUUCCCGUGGAUUUGAAUGAUGUCAAUUGGCAGGAACGUUUGAGAGAACGGUUAUUUGAGCCCAUUCAAGUACAUGACAUUUUGCCUGUUGGUAGUUUGGCGCAUGGGCUUGUGUUUUCCCACUUCAACGGCUUCUUGUCCUACGUAAUCAAACAUCUACCGGGUGGUCUAGAGAGGCAUCCCAUGUACAAAGAGUUCUCCGAACAUUUCUGUAGAAAGUACAAUAUGCUUGUUCCGUUGUCGUGUAAAACGUUGAACUCAUUAGAAGGCACAGAUGAAAACACCGGCAUUACAAUUGAAAAAGAUGGCGAUAGUAUUGAAUUCAAAGUGAAUCACAUGGGGAAAGAAAGGACCAUGAGCAUUACAGUCUACAAAAUAUCCAAGGGAAACGAAUUCUACUUCUUUUUUGCCGACAUGCCACAAGUUUUGAACUGUAUCUACCAGCUGUGGGAUCUUGGAGUGAGUGGGGUUGAUUGCCUGUUGCAAGUGGAAAGAUUCAAGCACACUUAUAACAAGGUCGUGAACCAUGCUGAUUUCUCUUUGGAAGGCUAUGACACGUUUAGAAUGUUAGAUUAUGAUGAUAAAACCACUACUCACUUCGAGAAACUGUUUGAAUCUGUGAAGAAAAGUGUUGCUGAUGACAACCGGGCCAGGAAAGAAGUUAAGAAAAGUGGAAAACCUUGGGUUAGACAGGAAUCUGACCAGGUAACAGAAGGUGUGCUUGUUUCCUGUGUUGAGGAUUCCGUCGAGGACAGGAAAGUUGCUGAGCAAAUAGUUGAGUAUCUGGAAGAGAAAAAAGUCAAAGUGGCGCUAGGCAGUCAGUGUGUUGGAUCUCUUUCACAAAUCGCAAACUCCUAUAAAUGGUACGUGUUUGUUUUCUCAGAGGAUGCCAUGCGAUCACAUUCCUUGACAUUCAACUGCAUUCAACUGUUGGGCAAUAGUGUGUCGGAUAAUGAGGUAAAAGUUAUUCCUGUGUUGAACAAUAUAAGCAUAGAGGAAUUGCCAACUUUUGUACGCUGGGUGACACUGCUGACGACUUCGGAUAAGAAUUACUGCGAACAUCUUUACGACACGAUCAGAGGGGGUCCUGUUACAAUGGAAGAACGCAUGCCGGCUGGUGAUGUGGCCACAGGUCUGUGCUGGGCGUACCUUGUCAAUUACCUGAAGUAUACACUGUUUACACUAGCUGUAGUGGAGGAUGGGGAAAGGCGUUUAAAAUUGGAUUUUGUUCGAAGGAUCAGAAAAUUCUUGAAAGACAGGAACAUUAGAAAUGGUUGUUUGGACAAGGUUUGCAUCUUAUGCCCGGCUUCAUGUGAAACACCAAACGAGAUAGCUGAAGAGGCAAAUGAAGGGGCAACAAAUGGACAGGGAAGGCUGGAGAAAGUUGGACAGUUGCUACCAGUCUUUGCCAACACCGGGGGACACAUUGACAGGGUGUUCAGUCUGUACGUGUACAAGUACCACAACGAGAAAACACAGAAGACCGUUUACUUUGUCACCGAGGUUUGUACUCCGUUUGGAUGUCUGCACCAGAUGGCUUCCAAAUUCCCGUUUGCUGGUUUAACAGCCGAAGACAAAGUCAGACAGGGUGAAAAGUUUGUAAACACGUACCGAGAAAUAACUUCUCUACAGGCGGUGAAAGAAAAGUUUGGCGACUUUGAGAAAUACACAACACUGCUGUACUACAAAGAGCCGACGACAUUGAUGACUGUCAUUGAAGAGACGCUACUUGAAGAGACCGGGUUUAUUUACAAGGAACUUGUUCGGCGUGAUUCUGAUCCUGAUAUUCCUUUGCGUUCUGUUGCUGAGCCGGAAACCUCAACCGUUUGAUAAAAACGGAAAUGUUGGGAUUCAAUUACCGGAAGUUGUGAUAGGUUGGAUGUGAUAUUAUACGUGUGAUUUAAUGCUGGCAUUACAGGUCAAAGACUUGAAAUGAAUUAGUAUUUAAUGAUUGUAAGAGUUGUUCAAAACAUUUUACGUAUUAUACAAACCCACUGUGACCAAUAAUAAGAAGAACAGAUGGACAAAGACCGUGGCCAGGUUGGAGGAGUUACUAAUCUCAGUUGUACCGUUAUAGCAAGCAAACGCAUUGCUCGGUAUUCCUGGCAGUGUAUUGGAUGAAUGAUCUUUAACUUAAGUCAAUCUCUAAAGAGGAUUUUCCUGCAUAACUUUACAAAAGCAAUUAUAUUAUGGAGUGGAGAUCUUUAUGUGUGCAUGCCUUACUCAGGCUUACGUGCGGUUUUUCUGAUUACAAGACUAGUUUUGAAAAUACUCAAUGAUCAGGAACAACGAGAAAAUAAAUAGUGUCAGUGUGGACGAGGUACAGGGCGACUGAACAGCCACAAGAGCACAGCAGCAGCCACACUGCACUCAACGCCACUUGUUGACAAACUAGGGCACUUUUCCUUGUCUUGUCUUAUGACACGGUAUAAGGUACCUUCGAGAAACUCAAAGCGUUCCCAAAGUGUUACAGAUCUGUUUAUCUCUUUAUCCUUCAAUCAGCACACAAUCAGUAUUUUUUAUCGGUAUAGCUUUUUGAUGUGUAUUUGUUCUACUUGAUGUUUUUAUGUGUUUGUGUGUGUGUGAUUAUUGUUUAUACAAGUGUGUCUCUAGUUUACUGUCCCCUGGGCCAUUGUUUAUACAAGUGUGUCUCUAGUUCACUGUCCCCUGGGCCAUUGUUUAUACAAGUGUGUCUCUAGUUCACUGUCCCCUGGGCCAUUGUUUAUACAAGUGUCUCUCUAGUUCACUGUCCCCUGGGCCAUUGUUUAUACAAGUGUGUCUCUAGUUCACUGUCCCCUGGGCCAUUGUUUAUACAAGUGUGUCUCUAGUUCACUGUCCCCUGGGCCAUUGUUUAUACAAGUGUGUCUCUAGUUCACUGUCCCCUGGGCCAUUGUUUAUACAAGUGUGUCUCUAGUUCACUGUCCACUGGGCCAUUGUUUAUACAAGUGUGUCUCUAGUUCACUGUCCCCUGGGCCAUUGUUUAUACAAGUGUGUCUCUAGUUCACUGUCCCCUGGGCCAUUGUUUAUACAAGUGUGUCUCUAGUUCACUGUCCCCUGGGCCAUUGUUUAUACAAGUGUGUCUCUAGUUCACUGUCCCCUGGGCCAUUGUUUAUACAAGUGUGUCUCUAGUUCACUGUCCCCUGGGCCAUUGUUUAUACAAGUGUGUCUCUAGUUCACUGUCCCCUGGGCCAUUGUUUAUACAAGUGUGUCUCUAGUUCACUGUCCCCUGGAUCAUUGUUUAUACAAGUGUGUCUGUAGUUCACUGUCCCCGGGGCCAUUGUUUAUACAAGUGUGUCUCUAGUUCACUGUCCCCUGGGCCAUUGUUUAUACAAGUGUGUCUCUAGUUCACUGUCCCCUGGAUCAUUGUUUAUACAAGUGUGUCUGUAGUUCACUGUCCCCGGGGCCAUUGCGUUGUGCCUCGUUACAGGGUUUUUUAUUAUACCCCCACAAACGAAGUUUGAGGGGGUAUAUAGGAGUGAGCUUGUCGGUCGGUCUGUCGGUUUUCAUGGUUUCCGGACGAUAACUCAUGAAAGGCUAGACAGAUUUGAAAAAAAAAUUGGUACACAGAUGUAACAUCAGAAGAUACAGGUCAAGUUCGAUAUUGGGGCUGGUGGGGCCAAGGUCAACGUAACUGUUACUAAAAAUAGAAAAACGGUUUCCGGACGAUAACUCAUGAAAGGCUUGACAGAUUUGAACAAUUUUAGGUACACAGGUGUAACAUCAGAAGAUACAGGUCAAGUUCGAUAUUGUGGCUGGUGGGGCCAAAGUCAAGGUCACUGUUACUAAAAAUAGAAAAACGGUUUCCGGACGAUAACUCAUGAAAGGCUAGACAGAUUUGAACAAUUUUUGGUACACAGGUGUAACAUCAGAAGAUACAGGUCAAGUUCGAUAUUGGGGCUGGUGGGGCCAAGGUCAAGGUCACUGUUACUAAAAAUAGAAAAACGGUUUCCGGACGAUAACUCAUGAAAGGCUUGACAGAUUUGAACAAUUUUUGGUACACAGGUGUAACAUCAGAAGAUACAGGUCAAGUUCGAUAUUGGGGCUGGUGGGGCCAAAGUCAAGGUCACUGUUACUAAAAAUAGAAAAACGGUUUCCGGACGAUAAAUCAUGAAAGGCUUGACAGAUUUGAACAAUUUUUGGUACACAGGUGUAACAUCAGAAGAUACAGGUCAAGUUUGAUAUUGGGGCUGGUGGGGCCAAGGUCAAUGUUACUAAAAAAAAAAAAAAAAACGGUUUCCGGACGAUAACUCAUGAAAGGCUUGACAGAUUUGAACAAGUUUUGGUACACAGGUGUAACAUCAGAAGAUACAGGUCAAGUUCGAAAAUGGGGCUGGUGGGGCCAAGGUGAAGGUCACUGUUACUAAAAAUAGAAAAACGGUUUCCUGACGAUAACUCAUGAAAGGCUAGUUUUUCUUGUCAGCAGUGUAACUUCUAAAUUACUCAACAGAUUUAAAUAAAACAAUGCAUGCAUGAUAAAGGAAGAUGCAGUGUGCAGUAACCUUGGAGUUAUGGCCUCUUUUCAAAGGAAUGGUUUGCCAUUCCUGUGUCCAGGCGGCAUUUGGGGGUAUUCGUCACUCCUGUGACAGCUCUAGUUUUUUAUUGUACGCCUACUGUGCUUGUUUUUAUUGUAUUACUGAGACUUAUUUAUACUUGAAAAGAAACUAACAUCCCGCGUUCUGAGACAUAUAAUCACUUUAAGGCACAUAAUAUAGCUGACGCAUUUUUUUUAUCAUUUUAAUCUAUUAUCAUUUGAAUUUAAUGAUAAAGGCAUCCAAAAAGUAUGAUUUGUGUAGAGAUAAAGAGAGUAACAAUAUUUUGGCGCUUUUUUAACUGGGGAAUUUGUGGCCACGUAGCCAAGGAACAGAAAUAAUUUAUAAAGACUACUAUUGUUUUAUCUGAACACAAAUCUUGUUUGUAGUUUUGAUCAUUAAAUUCAAAUGAGCUAACAUUAUUAUGCUGAAAAAUAAAUAUAUUUUGGCAACAACUUAUAGUGUGCCCGGUAAAAUUGCGAUGCAACCACAGGUUGGAAAUAAGGAACUGUUGUGUGGAGAAUGUCACACAUAAAUGUGAUGCAUGUCUUUUGAGCUUUGUUCUUCGACAGGUUCUUUACUUAUAUUUCUACUUCUUGACUGGUCCCUGUAGUUUUCAAUGUUUUAACAUAACAAUUAUAAAAAGUUUUAAACAACAUACAUUGUUAGUUGGUAUUAUACAUGUUGAAACUUAUUGACAAAAAGCUACCAAAUAAUAUUUUAUUGUUUAGUUUUUGCAUAGCGUUUUGCUCGUUAAGUUUAUUUUAGUUUUAAAUUGUUGAUACAAGUAUCAAAAAAGUUGUAGUAAAAUAUUCAACAUGAAAUUUGGUGCCAAUUCAAUUGUUGAUCUUAGUAUUUAUAAUUUAGAUUGUUACGAACUUAUUUAUAUACCAUGUUUGUAUAUAGAGCAUAAUGAAGCCCCCAAAAGGCUGCAAUGCUUCGCGUGCAAAGAGAUUGAAUUUAUACACCCCCUGGUUGUUGUUAAAAUGCCAUUUAACCAUUUAUGUAUAAAAUACUACAUUAAAAUAUACAGAAGAAAAAUAAAAU